UCUACGUAGACGAUAAGAUAAGCAGUGGCAUACAUAAGAAUGUCUCUAUUACAUGGAAUGUGCACUGGAGUCGACUAUCGGCACGUUGCUUUAGCGAAAUGAACCUUGUUCUCGUUGGUUGGUUAUUUCUUUGCCUUGAGUCAGCUACAACGACUGCCACACAAUGCUUAAGUUGUGCACCAAUGCCGUCCACUAUCCAAUGUGUUACCACCCAAAUCUGUCAAAAUGGUCAAGAAUGCUAUGCUAAGUACGUGUUGAAACCUGAUGGUACCGUAAUCUACGAAUUCGGUUGCCACUAUAGGCAGACAUGCCCUGACCAGUUAAAUACCCAUGCCUUUAUUGGCAGGCGAGCGACAGGCGAUAUCGAAUUGUGCUACAAAUGUUGUCAUGGAGAUAUGUGUAAUCACGGCACUCCUUGUACAGCAACCACAACUUCUGCAAACCCGUGUUCCCCAAGCCCCUGUGUGCGUGGAUCAUGUUAUAAAGGCAGCGGAAACAAUCCCACAUUCUUCUGCAUGUGUCCGAGUGGCUUCAGUGGAAUGUACUGUGAAACAGAAAUCAACCCUUGUUCCCCGAGUCCCUGUGUGCGUGGAUCCUGCUUCAUUGGAAGCGGAAAUAAUCCCACAUUUUUCUGUUUGUGUCCGAGCGACUUCACCGGGCUGCAUUGUGAAACUGUAAUUUCUACAACUUCUGCAAAGACAACAACGAUUCAAACAACAACAUUGACAGUUCCGACAACUUCUGCAAACCCGUGUUUCCAAAGCCCUUGUGUACGUGGAUCAUGUUAUAAAGGCAGCGGAAACAAUCCCACAUUCUUCUGCACGUGUCCGAGUGGCUUCACUGGAAUGUACUGUGAAACAGAAAUCAACCCUUGUGUCCCGAGUCCCUGCGUGCGUGGAUCCUGCUCUAUUGGCAGCGAAAACAAUUCAACAUUUUUCUGUCUGUGUCCGAGCGACUACACCGGACAUGAUUGUGAAACUGUCAUUUCUACAACUUCUGCAAAGACAACGCCUAUUCAAUCAACAUCAUUUACAGUUCCGACAACUUCUGCAAACCCGUGUUUCCCAAGCCCUUGUGUGCGUGGAUCAUGUUAUAAAGGCAGCGGAAACAAUCCCACUUUCUUCUGCACGUGUCCGAGUGGCUUCACUGGAGUGUACUGUGAAACAGAAAUCAACCCGUGUUCCCCGAGUCCAUGCGUGCGUGGGUCCUGCUUCAUUGGCAGCGAAAACAAUCCCACAUUUUUCUGUCUGUGUCCGAGCGACUUCACUGGACUGCAUUGUGAAACGGUUUCAGUCAUCUCUACAACUUCUGCAAAGACAACGCCGAUACAAACAACAACAUUGACAGUUCAGACAACUUCUGCAAACCCGUGUUUCCCAAGCCCCUGUGUCCGUGGAUCAUGUUAUAAAGGCAGCGGAAACAAUCCCACAUUGUUCUGUCUGUGUCCGAGCGACUUUACCGGGCGGCAUUGUGAAAUGUUCAUUUCGACAACUACUGCAACGACAAGUCCGAUUCAAACAACAACAACAACUAUAGCAACCCCGACCCCUGUCAACCCGUGUUCCCCGAGUCCCUGUGUGCGUGGAUCCUGUUAUAUUGGCAGCGGAAACAAUCCCACAUUCUUGUGCAUGUGUCCGAGUGGCUUCACUGGAAUGUACUGUGAAACAAUUAUCACUACAACUUUGUCCACGACAACGCAUACAACACCUACAACAACGCUUGUAACGACAACAGCGUCAACUAUGAGAACUACGUCGCCACCAACGUCAGACGAAAUCAACCCGUGUUCCCCGAGUCCCUGUGUGCAUGGGUCCUGCUUCAUUGGCAGCGAAAACAAUCCCACAUUUUUCUGUCUGUGUCCGAGCGACUUCACUGGACUUCAUUGUGAAACGGUCAUUGCUACAACUUCUGCAAAGACAACGCCGAUUCAAACAACAACAUUGACAGUUCCGACAACUUCUGCAAACCCGUGUUCCCCAAGCCCUUGUGUGCGUGGAUCAUGUUUUAUAGGCACCGGAAACAAUCCCCCAUUCUUCUGCAUGUGUCCGAGUGGCUUCACUGGAAUGUACUGUGAAUCUGAAAUCAACGCGUGCUCCCCGAGUCCCUGUGUGCGUGGAUCCUGCUUCAUUGGCAGCGGAAACAAUGCCACAUUUUUCUGUCUGUGUCCGAGCGACUACACUGGACUUCAUUGUGAAACGGUCAUUUCUACAACUUCUGCAGGGACAACGCCGAUUCAAACAACAACAUUGACAAUUCCGACAACUUCUGCAAACCCAUGUUCCUCAAGCCCUUGUGUGCGUGGAUCAUGUUUUAUAGGCACCGGAAACAAUCCCACAUUCUUCUGCAUGUGUCCGAGUGGCUUCACUGGAAUGUACUGUGAAUCAGAAGUCAACCCGUGUUCCCCGAGUCCCUGUGUGCGUGGAUCCUGCUUCAUUGGCAGCGGAAACAUUGCCACAUUUUUCUGUGUGUGUCCGAGCGACUUCACUGGACUUCGUUGUGAAACGGUCAUUUCUACAACUUCCACAAAGACAACAACACAGACAGUUCCGACAACUUCUGCAAACCCAUGUUCUCUAAGCCCCUGUGUGCGUGGAUCAUGUUAUAAAGGCAGCGGAAACCAUCCCACAUUUUUCUGUUUGUGUCCGAGCGACUUCACAGGGCUGCAUUGUGAAACGUUCAUUUCGACAACUACUGCAACGACAAUUCCGAUUCAAACAACAACAACAACAAUAGCAACCCCGACCCCUGUCAACCCGUGUUCCCCGAGUCCCUGUGUGCGUGGAUCCUGUUAUAUUGGCAGCGGAAACAAUCCCACAUUCUUGUGCAUGUGUCUGAGUGGCUUCACUGGAAUGUACUGUGAAACAAUUAUCACUACAACUUUGUCCACGACAACGCAUACAACACCUACAACAACGCUUGUAACGACAACAGCGUCAACUAUGAGAACUACGUCGCCACCAACGUCAGACGGUAAUAAUCCAGGUCUAGUUACCGACUGCCGGGACAGAUUAGAUCACUGCUACAAGUACGACCUAAACGUCUGCACCAAUGCAACCUACCGGGCCUUCAUGGCUGCAAAUUGUCCGAAAUACUGCGGCAUAUGCAAGCCAGACCAUCCCGACCCGAUCAACUGCACGGACACGCUGCCCAAGUGUGGAGAGUACGACUCGGGAGACCUCUGUACCAGUUCUUAUUACCACCAGUGGGCCUGGGAGAACUGUCGUGUCUACUGUCAACUCGACGGAUGUCUUAGCGCCGACAACCCCGGUCGCCUGCACGGACGCGCUGCCAAACUGUAGAGAGUGCGACUCCGGGACCCUGUGCACGGACCACUCGUACGCCAAGUGGGUGCUGGAGCACUGUAAACAUUACUGCAGGGUGCCCGGAUGUAUUUAGACGUUGAUAUGUGUGAUUUUUGUUAAAUUUAAUAACAUAAAUACUAUGCAUUAAGAUGCUACCACAAGUGUUGGGCUCAUGGCCAUGUCACAACCCAACAUCCCCACCACUACUCUCCGCCUUUGUGAAACAAAUUAAAUAAAGGACAUAAAUUAUCAACCACUUACAUUAUGCCAUAAUACAACAUCUCUAAUCAUUAUUACAAAAAACCUCGUCUCUUUCAUGUGAAACAAAUCAUAUACAUGUACUUAACUAUACAAUUCGUUUGACAAUGAAAACGCGUGUAACAAAUCAAUUAUUACAAGCAGGUCGGCUACAUUUGGACGCUUAACAUAUAUUAUUGUCUUUCUUUAUUUUAAGAAUCGUUUUUUUUUAAAUAUUGACAAAUGGAGACAUUUUACCAAAACAAUUGUCUAGGGUUUCGGCUGCAUUUAGUCAUUACAAGAGAAACGCGCCUCAUUUUGGUGAACACUUAGUUACCCAAUACAUAUUCAAGAUUUACUUAACAUUUAGACAUACAAAUACUAUGUAAAAAAUGAAAUAUUGCGAGUGAGCCGGUUUGCAUGUAGACGGUAUCAGACUUUGGUGUGUCUUUGUUUUGCGCGAAAAAUCUUGUUACCAUAGUUUCUAUAAAUAAUGACUGAUUGAAACACUUAUUACACGUGGAAUACUGCAAGCCUAAAAGCUAUAUUCAUACUCUUAAAUACAUGUACAUGCACGAGUUGUGUUAGUGAAUAACAACAAUUAUACAUAUUUACCAAUUAAAUAUUUAUUACACAUAAUUCCCAUGGUUAUUACAAUAAAUUCUGAACUAUAACAGACACAAACUUAUAAACAUGUACUUGUAGCAUCGUGUUUAUUUGAAGUCUACAUCCUCCAGUAAAAAUAUGGACCAAAUAAAUCACGUUUUAUAAAUUUAAAGAGACAGUAUACGAAAAUUACAUAUAUCACAACAUAACAUACAAAUCUAAUAUUUGCUAAACAGAUGUGUACACAACUUUAAAAAGAAGUCACUUUCAACUUUUCUUUUUUUUAAUUUGUCGGGUCGUAAUUACGUUGCAUGCUCACUUAUUGGCACAUUUUCUUCAUCACCAGCUGAAUAAUUGCAUGCAUGAUUAUUUGUUAUAUAUUAAUUCAACGUAGUUUUGUUGUUUUCUCAACUCAGUCCGAAACAAGGGAUGUUUUUGUAAGAAACACAAUGCCCCCUACUGCGCCGCUUUGAAGCCAUAUCUUUGACCUUGAAGGAUGACCUUGACCUUUCACCACUCAAAAUGUUCAGCUUCUUGAGAUACACAUGCAUGCCAAAUAUUAAGUUGCUAUCUUCAAUAUUGCAAAAGUUAUGGGCAAUGUAAGUUUUCGGACGGACGCACUGACUGACAGGCAGACGGACGGACAGUUCAACUGCUAUAUGCCACAUACCGGGGGCAUACAAACAAUACCACUAAAACUACAUCACAUGAUUUAGCCGCGUUUUCAACCGUUUAGCACAGAAAAUGGAUAUUUAAAACUGAACGUUAUUGUACUGAUGAUUAUUGGACAACAAUUGCAUAAUUUAUACAUGUAUAUAAAGUAGUCACUAGCAACAUAUUCAUUUUAUGUAUUAUCGGUAUAACAAAUUUUCAAGUCAAAUUUUAUAUAAAUGAGCCAUAAGGUAUCACGAAGGUUUGUUUUAAUCGCCAACAGAAUAUUGCUUACACUUAUCCUGUAUCGUGCAAUCCCAAUAUUUAACAAGUUUACGAUAAACGUAUCAUUAUGUAGUUUCAAAUCAAUAUUAUUUAUAAAGAGGAUUUUUGUUGGAGUU